UCAACCCUCGCGCGCACACAGCAGAAAAGAGAGAGAGAGAGCGCGAGCGCCAUGGGAGGGGGAGCGGAGACUUUACUGAAUCUUGAAGUGAAUUCCUCGAUCCCCAUCUGUUACGGUUCGUCCUUUGGCCCUCAUGAUGAACUUAUCCUCUUGGAAGUCGACGAUGCCCUCCUCCCCCAAUUCCUCGAUGACAGGGUUGUAAUCAGAGGCGAACCCGAUGAAGAAGCUGUUCUUUGUACAUCUUCUAAAACUUAUGCUCUUAAGUUUGUCAGCACCUCGAAUUCAGUCUUCCUUGUGCCCCCUAAAGGUUGUCACUCAGUCGGAGCAGAGACUGAAACAGAAAUCGAUGUAACGGAUUCAGCAGCAUCUGUCGUCAAACUUGCCCCUGGACACAUGGAGCUCAUGCUUGUGGCGCCGAAGCUUGAGAAGCUUAAGACCCUGCUGAAACAGAGAGUGUACAAAGGGGAUUCCGAUGACUGUGAGUCUGAUAGCAAGCUUGGGUUGUAUACAUGGCAGGACUUGGCUGAUAGAAUUCAGGCCAGUGAUGAUGAACUGAGAGAUGGUCUACGAGCAAUUUCGGCGGUGGAGAUUGAUGGGUACUGGAGAUUGGUUGAUGAUGGUCUGAUGGAAGAUUUGCUGACGAUGAUGUUCCGUAAUUUGGACAUCCAUGGUUGGUUAUCUAAUGCUCUUCGUGAAGAAGAGGUUCUGCCCGUUAUGGUUGAUGAUGGGUAUAGUCCAACACUUGUGCUUCAUUGCUUGAACACUAAUGGAAGCAAGGAAGAGAAGGAAGAGGGUCAUGUCUGGUGCCUGAACGAAAGGAUAGUGGCUGUGUUCUAUGGGCGGAGAGUUCUUGGCAGAUGUGGUAAGAGGAAGGAAGUGGACUUCAUGGAAGAAUGGAAGCGAACAGUUCCAUCAGGUAUUGAUGUCAGCAUGGGUAUGUUAGAAGGCGAAGUAUUGACUGAGAAGAUAGGAGUGGAUAUUUGGGUGCGUGGAUUUAGCGUAUCUUCACUGCCUUCUACCCCUGCCGAGCGCUUUGCUGCUCUCUUCAGAGAACGUCAAAGAUGGGAAUGGCAACAUCUGGAGCCAUUUAUAAGGGAUUUGAGUGUACCCGGCCUUUCAUCAGAAGGUUUGCUUAUGAAGUAUACACGAAGAACACAACCUACUGCGGAUGCUGCACCUAUCUUCUCAGCAAGAUAAAAUCCUAGGACUUGUUCUACGCCAUUUUGGGACAUGGUGGUAAGGUUGUAACGUGAGACUGUAUAGACAAUCAUUAGUAUUGUCUUCCAUUCGCAGAGCUUAUGUUUUCUGUUUCAGGAGAAUCUGUCUUUUACAAUUUCAAGAACAAUUAUGCAGGAAAACCAAUUAGCUAUACAAGAAGCAAACUAUAAUUGACAUGCUGAUCAGCAAGAAGGCAUCACGAGCACUUGGUCUGCAUGUAUUCGAAACAUCAUAUCUACAUAAUAUAAUAAACCUCUUGUCAUA